AUGUUAACAUGGAAUAAGAUAAAAACACCACUCAUGUUCAUGUAUUCGUGUUUCUUCAAACCGUUGGGUGAUCAUGGUGCCAACUUGCAAAAUCGUCUGGAAAGCUUCUACCGAGAUCAAGCCAAUAUCUACGAUGCGUCCCGGGGAUCUUUAUUAAGAGGAAGAAAAACCAUGCUUCGUUUAUGCUCCGCUCAGCUGAAAGAGCAACUAGCACAACAAACCGGUGCAAAAAUCAAGCCUGUUUGGAUCGAUCUUGGUGGUGGCACAGGAUGGAAUAUUGAGCAAAUGAAUGAAUGGUUUCCGAUUGACCAAUUUGCCAAAGUCAUUCUCGUGGACCUCACACCUUCACUGUGCCAGGUGGCGCGUCAACGGUUUAAGGAAAAGGGAUGGGCCAACGUGACUGUUUUAUGCCAGGAUGCAGCGACAUUUCAGCUGCCUGACAACGAACAUGGAUUGGAGGGCACAAUUGAUUUGGUCACCAUGUCCUAUUCACUAUCGAUGAUGGAUCAUUUCUAUCCGGUCGUCGACAGGGUGCAGUCGUUGUUAUCUCCGCAAGGCAUCGUAGGGGUAGUGGAUUUUUAUGUUUCCGGUCGUUCCGCGGCAGCUGCAGAACAAUGGUCUCCUCAACAUAACCGGCAAUGUAACUGGUUCACCCGAUUUUUUUGGAACGUAUGGUUCGAUUUUGAUCAUAUCAAUCUCAGUCCUGGGCGACGUGACUAUCUGGAAUAUCGGUUUGGGACCAUCAAAACGCUCAAUCGUCGUAAUCAUUUUAUCAUUCCAUAUGCGAUUCAAAUCCCUUAUUAUGUAUGGCUCGGUUGCUCCAAAGCACGUCAAAGCAUGAUGCACAGCCCGGUAUCGGAUGAUAACGUGAGCAUUUCCAGCAGCAGGAGCAGUGCUUCGGAUUCAUCACUGCAGCAAGGAUUUUCUCCUACUUCCUUUUCUCUUCAGAGCAAUCCUUGGCGACUUGAUUACGAUAACGCCUUGCCGCAACACACUCAAUUCCGAUCGUAUAUCUAUGCAUUCACCUGGGAGGACCCCCGUGUGGACCUGCAGCACAUGUCGAUCGGAAAAGAAGAUAUUCUAUUUGUGAUUACCUCGGCGGGCGACAAUGCACUGGAAUAUGCUAUUCAGGGUCAGCCGAAACGGAUUCACUGCGUGGAUAUGAACCCUUGUCAGAAUCAUUUGAUGGAACUCAAAUUAGCGGGCAUUGCUUCACUGUCCUAUCACGAUUUCUGGCGAAUGUUCGGUCAAGGCAGACAUUCUGGCUUUCCAAGGCUGUUACACGAGAUCCUAUCUCCGCAUCUCAGUCCGUACGCGCUUCAAUACUGGGUUCAACACACCGAUCGUUUUGCCUCGAAAUUCUACAAAACGGGUUAUUCAGGUCUAGCAUUGACGUUGAUUGAAUGGUGGUUAAAAAUGAAUGGGCUUCUGGAAGAUGCUCGAAAAAUGGCAACUACAUCGUCCAUGGAAGAACAGAAAACCAUUUGGGAAACCCGAGUUCGGCCUGCCAUCUUCUCACCCAUGAUACGAACGGCCAUGGACAAUCCAUUGUUUAUGUGGAAUGCUCUGGGAGUUCCAAAGAAUCAGAUGAAGAUGUUCCUUAGUGAAUGUACGACCGAAGAAUAUGUGGCUAAUACGUUGGAUCCCAUUGCCCACCAAUCGCUUAUCAGCGGAGACCAGUAUUUCUAUUAUUUAUGUCUUAUGCAACAUUACCAUCCCGACAAUUGCCCUUCGUAUUUGACACAACAAGGGUUUCACACUUUGAAGACCUCCGGUGCACUGGGCGCUUUCAGACUGCACACCGAUUCUAUUCUCAACGCGUUGCAAUCGCUUGACGAUGACUAUUUGACUCGAUUGGUGGUGAUGGAUCACAUGGAUUGGUUCGACGAAGCGCAUUGUGAAGAGCUUGAACAGGAAGUUAUGCACAUGGCACGCACCCUAAAGAAGGGUGGCCACGUCUACUGGCGCAGCGCCAGUCGCCAACCGUGGUAUAAUACGUUAUUUCAGAAGCAUGGAUUCAGUCGUGUUGAAGGUCUGUCGGUUCGCCAAACUGGAACAAUGAUCGACAGGGUGAAUAUGUAUGCAAGUUUUUACCGGGCCAUUAAAUAA